AUGGAAGUUAAGUUGGACGAAGAUGUAGAUGAUGGAUCAGAGGUGGAUAUGAGUAGUGCAAUAGAUGAGUUAUGGAAAAGGUUUAAGUCACUGGAUGUUGUUGGGAAAAGGGCAUUAAAAAGUAGGGUUUUUGAACUUGCCUUCCCUACAAUGACUUCUAUGUGUCCACCACCUGAGAAAAUAAAAACUAAAGGGGGAGUCAAGAAGAAAUACAAAAAACCAGUAGGAUAUGAUGUUUAUAGAGACCCUUCGUAUCACGAGUAUGUUGAUCAAGCAUCUCAAUCUUCACAGAUGCAAUCUCAACCAUCACAAACUUCGAAGAAAUUGAAAUUAUCACAGUCUUCACAAAAGAAAUCUCAACCAUCACAGGCUUCGAAAAAGUUGAAAUUAUCACAAUCUUCACAGUCAUCUAAGCAGUUCAUCCUUCAAUUUCCUAAUCACAUCAGGUCAUAUAUUGAUGAUGUAGUUAAUGUUGUAUCAGAUGGUAAUUGUGGAUUUCGAGUCAUUGCUUCAUUGCAUGGAUAUGGUGAAGAUGGUGGCCAAUGGUUCGUCGAGACUUGGGGUUGGAAAUAA